AGAAACUUCGUGUAUAGUAUGGCAACAGUUUAACGUCGAAACCACGCUUCGGUGGUGUGUUAAGGUCAGUUAUCCGUGCGCUUUAUUUAUGUGACAGCCUAAAUAGCAAGAUGGCUGCUCCUUACGGUUUGCCACCAGGCAUGCCUGCAGGAUUUCCACCUGGUUUUCAGAUGUUUGGAGCUCGCCAGCCAAUGCCCCAGCAGCCCCCUCAACCUCCCCCAGUACCUGAUUACAUGUCGGAAGAAAAGCUACAGGAAAAGGCAAGGAAAUGGCAUCAAUUACAGACAAAGCGAUAUGCAGAAAAACGAAAGUUUGGUUUUAUAGAGGCUCAGAAAGAAGAUAUGCCACCUGAGCAUGUUAGGAAAAUCAUUCGUGACCAUGGAGACAUGACAAACCGAAAGUUCAGACAUGACAAAAGAGUUUACUUGGGAGCAUUGAAAUAUAUGCCUCAUGCUGUGUUGAAGCUGCUGGAAAAUAUGCCGAUGCCUUGGGAACAGAUACGCGAUGUAUCUGUCCUUUAUCAUAUAACAGGUGCGAUUUCCUUUGUCAAUGAAAUCCCAAGAGUGAUCGAGCCAGUCUACAUUGCACAGUGGGGAUCCAUGUGGAUUAUGAUGAGACGUGAGAAGCGUGAUCGCCGACAUUUCAAGAGAAUGCGUUUCCCUCCCUUUGAUGAUGAGGAACCGCCACUCGACUAUGCUGAUAACGUGUUAGAUGUCGAACCAUUGGAGGCCAUCCAAAUGGAACUGGAUGAGGAAGAAGAUGGUCCAGUUUAUGAAUGGUUCUAUGAUCAUAAACCACUUAGUGAAACAAAACUUGUGAAAGGCCCAAGCUACAAACAGUGGAACUUAACAUUGCCCAUCAUGUCCACACUGUACCGAUUGGCCAACCAGCUCCUGACUGAUCUCGUAGAUGACAACUACUACUACUUGUUUGAUCUCAAGUCGUUCUUCACAUCCAAAGCUUUGAACCAGGCCAUCCCCGGAGGCCCAAAGUUUGAGCCACUUGUGAAAGAUCUCAACCUUCAGGAUGAAGAUUGGAAUGAAUUUAACGACAUCAACAAGAUAAUCAUCCGACAGCAAAUCCGUACGGAAUACAGGAUUGCUUUUCCAUACCUGUAUAAUAACCUGCCCCACUUUGUUCAUCUCACAUGGUACCAUACACCAAGCGUUGUGUUCAUUAAGACUGAAGACCCUGAUCUGCCAGCCUUUUACUUUGACCCACUCAUCAACCCAGUGUCACACAGAAAUGCUGUGAAAAGCUUUGAGCCACUGCCUGAAGAUGAUGAGGAAUUUGAGCUGCCAGACUACUGCCAGCCAUUCUUGCAAGACCGCCCUCUAUACACUGACAACACAGGCAAUGGUAUUGCCUUACUCUGGGCUCCUCGUCCAUUCAACCUGCGGUCUGGAAGGCAGAAGAGAGCGAUUGAUAUACCACUAGUUAAAUCAUGGUACAAAGAACAUUGCCCAGCUGGCCAGCCAGUCAAAGUGCGUGUGUCGUAUCAGAAACUUCUGAAGUACUAUGUGUUAAAUGCCCUCAAAUCAAGACCACCAAAAUCACAGAAGAAAAGAUACUUAUUCCGGUCAUUCAAAUCAACUAAAUUCUUCCAGUCGACAACGCUAGAUUGGGUUGAGGUUGGCUUGCAGGUGUGCCGACAAGGGUACAACAUGCUGAACCUCCUUAUUCACAGAAAGAAUUUGAACUACCUUCAUUUGGACUACAACUUCAACUUGAAGCCUGUGAAGACACUAACAACCAAGGAAAGGAAGAAGUCACGUUUCGGUAAUGCGUUCCAUUUGUGCCGUGAAGUUCUUCGCUUGACCAAACUCACCAUUGAUGCCCAUGUGCAGUACAGACUUGGAAAUGUUGAUGCUUUUCAAUUGGCGGAUGGUAUUCAGUACAUCUUCGCUCAUAUCGGUCAGCUGACUGGCAUGUAUCGAUACAAGUACAAACUGAUGAGACAGAUCCGUAUGUGUAAAGAUCUGAAGCAUGUUAUCUACUACAGGUUUAACACGGGUGCAGUCGGCAAGGGUCCUGGUGUUGGCAUCUGGACUGCUGGGUGGCGUGUGUGGGUGUUUUUCAUGCGUGGUAUCACACCUUUACUAGAACGCUGGCUUGGGAAUCUACUAUCCCGUCAGUUUGAGGGCCGACAUUCCAAGGGUGUGGCCAAGACUGUUACCAAGCAACGUGUAGAAAGCCAUUUUGAUCUUGAGCUAAGAGCUUCUGUUAUGCACGAUAUUGUGGAUAUGAUGCCUGAAGGAAUUAAGCAGAACAAAGCCAGGACCAUAUUGCAGCAUCUCAGUGAAGCGUGGCGAUGCUGGAAAGCAAACAUUCCAUGGAAGGUACCUGGCCUUCCUUCUCCAAUUGAAAAUAUGAUUCUACGAUAUGUGAAAUCGAAAGCUGAUUGGUGGACGAACACAGCGCAUUACAACCGUGAGCGUAUUCGACGUGGUGCAACCGUUGACAAGACGGUUUGCAAGAAGAACCUUGGACGGCUGACACGUCUGUACCUAAAGGCAGAGCAGGAGAGGCAACACAAUUAUCUAAAGGAUGGUCCAUAUAUCACUGCAGAGGAAGCUGUAGCCAUUUACACCACAACGGUGCAUUGGUUGGAGAGUCGAAGAUUCUCCCCAAUACCAUUCCCGCCACUGUCCUACAAGCAUGACACUAAACUGCUUAUUCUUGCCCUUGAGAGGCUCAAAGAAGCCUACAGUGUGAAAAGUCGUUUGAAUCAAUCACAACGCGAGGAGCUUGGACUGAUCGAACAAGCGUACGAUAAUCCUCAUGAAGCCCUCAGUAGAAUCAAACGUCAUCUGCUCACACAGAGAGCAUUCAAGGAGGUUGGAAUUGAGUUCAUGGACUUGUACAGUCACCUUGUGCCAGUGUACGACGUUGAACCACUGGAGAAGAUCACAGAUGCGUACCUGGAUCAGUACUUGUGGUAUGAGGCUGACAAACGAAGGCUAUUCCCACCAUGGAUCAAACCAGCAGACACAGAACCACCACCACAACUUGUAUACAAAUGGUGCCAAGGUAUCAACAACCUGCAAGAUGUGUGGGAGACAUCUGAAGGCGAGUGCAAUGUUAUGAUGGAGUCUCGUUUUGAGAAGAUGUACGAGAAAAUCGACUUGACGUUACUGAACAGACUUCUGCGUCUCAUCGUGGACCACAACAUUGCUGAUUACAUGACAGCAAAGAACAAUGUUGUCAUCAAUUACAAGGACAUGAACCACACCAAUUCGUAUGGAAUAAUCCGUGGACUUCAGUUUGCGUCAUUUAUUGUCCAGUUUUAUGGUCUAGUAUUGGACCUACUCUGCCUAGGCUUGCACCGGGCAAGCGAGAUGACCGGCCCUCCACAAUGUCCAAAUGAUUUCCUUUCAUUCCAAGAUGUGGCUACAGAAACAGGGCAUCCAAUCAGACUGUACUCCAGAUACAUUGACAGAGUCCACAUAUUUUUCAGAUUUUCAGCUGAAGAAGCGCGAGACCUGAUCCAGCGUUAUCUCACAGAGCAUCCUGAUCCGAACAACGAAAACAUUGUGGGAUACAACAAUAAGAAGUGCUGGCCACGAGAUGCUAGGAUGCGUCUCAUGAAACAUGAUGUUAACUUGGGACGUGCUGUGUUCUGGGAUAUGAAGAAUCGUCUUCCCAGAUCCAUCACCACAUUUCAGUGGGAGAACAGCUUUGUGUCUGUUUACAGCAAAGACAAUCCUAACCUUCUCUUCAACAUGAGCGGCUUUGAGUGUCGUAUACUACCAAAGUGCCGCUCAACAUACGAUGAGUUUACGCACAAGGAUGGAGUGUGGAAUUUACAGAAUGAGGUUACCAAAGAACGAACUGCUCAGUGUUUCCUUCGUGUGGACAACGAAUCCAUGCAGAAGUUUCACAACAGAGUCCGACAGAUUCUUAUGGCCUCUGGAUCUACCACUUUUACAAAGAUUGUCAAUAAAUGGAACACUGCCCUCAUUGGCCUUAUGACUUAUUACCGUGAGGCCGUUGUCAACACCCAGGAGCUGUUGGAUCUGCUUGUAAAGUGCGAGAACAAGAUCCAGACGCGUAUCAAGAUUGGUCUUAACUCAAAGAUGCCUAGUCGUUUCCCGCCAGUUGUAUUUUACACACCUAAGGAGCUUGGUGGACUAGGCAUGUUAUCAAUGGGUCACGUUCUUAUCCCACAGUCAGAUCUAAGGUGGUCACAGCAGACCGAUGUUGGCAUCACUCAUUUCCGAUCCGGUAUGAGUCAUGAUGAGGAUCAGCUGAUUCCAAACUUGUAUCGCUACAUUCAACCCUGGGAAAGCGAGUUUAUCGAUUCACAGCGUGUAUGGGCUGAGUACGCUCUCAAGAGACAGGAGGCUACAGCACAGAGCAGGCGAUUGACGUUGGAAGAUCUUGAAGAUUCAUGGGACAGAGGAAUUCCCCGUAUUAACACACUCUUCCAGAAGGACAGACACACCCUAGCUUACGACAAGGGCUGGAGAGUUAGGACAGACUUCAAGCAGUACCAGGUCCUGAAGCAGAAUCCAUUCUGGUGGACCCAUCAGAGGCAUGAUGGCAAGCUGUGGAACUUAAACAAUUACCGAACAGACAUGAUCCAAGCUUUAGGUGGUGUUGAAGGGAUCCUGGAACACACCCUCUUCAAGGGCACGUAUUUUCCCACGUGGGAAGGUCUCUUCUGGGAAAAGGCUAGUGGAUUUGAGGAGUCAAUGAAAUACAAGAAACUGACCAAUGCCCAGCGAUCCGGUUUGAACCAGAUUCCAAACAGACGAUUCACUCUCUGGUGGUCACCCACCAUCAACAGAGCUAAUGUAUAUGUAGGUUUCCAGGUGCAGUUGGACUUGACUGGUAUUUUUAUGCAUGGCAAGAUUCCAACACUCAAGAUCUCCCUUAUUCAGAUCUUCAGGGCUCAUUUAUGGCAGAAGGUCCAUGAAAGUGUUGUCAUGGAUCUGUGUCAGGUGUUUGAUCAAGAAUUGGAUGCCCUUGAGAUUGAGACAGUUCAGAAGGAAACCAUCCAUCCUAGGAAGUCUUACAAGAUGAACAGUUCAUGCGCAGACAUUCUCUUGUUUGCCUCAUACAAGUGGAAUGUUUCACGACCGUCCCUGCUGGCAGAUUCUAAGGAUACAAUGGAUAGUACAACAACACAGAAAUUCUGGUUGGACAUCCAGCUGAGAUGGGGAGACUAUGACUCUCACGAUGUCGAACGUUACGCAAGAGCCAAAUUCCUUGACUACACUACAGACAACAUGAGUAUUUACCCAUCACCCACAGGUGUUUUAAUUGCAAUCGAUCUAGCAUAUAACUUGCACAGUGCUUUUGGCAACUGGUACCCAGGUUGCAAGCCUCUGAUUCAGCAAGCCAUGGGUAAAAUAAUGAAGGCUAACCCAGCCUUGUAUGUCUUGCGGGAACGUAUCCGCAAAGGCCUCCAGCUGUACUCGUCAGAGCCUACAGAACCUUACCUUUCAUCGCAGAAUUAUGGCGAGCUGUUCUCCAAUCAAAUCAUCUGGUUUGUGGAUGAUACAAAUGUGUACAGGGUGACCAUUCACAAGACUUUUGAGGGUAACUUGACCACGAAGCCUAUCAAUGGAGCUAUUUUCAUCUUCAAUCCCAGGACAGGACAGCUUUUCCUCAAGAUCAUUCAUACAUCGGUGUGGGCUGGCCAGAAACGUCUUGGACAGCUGGCCAAAUGGAAGACAGCUGAAGAGGUCGCUGCCUUAAUUCGAUCGCUGCCCGUUGAAGAACAGCCGAAACAAAUUAUUGUUACUAGAAAAGGCAUGUUGGAUCCACUUGAGGUGCAUCUGUUGGAUUUCCCAAACAUUGUGAUCAAAGGCAGUGAACUGCAGCUUCCAUUCCAGGCCUGCCUCAAAGUAGAGAAGUUUGGUGACCUCAUCCUGAAAGCUACAGAACCGCAGAUGGUCCUAUUCAACCUCUAUGAUGAUUGGUUGAAAACCAUUUCAUCUUAUACAGCAUUUUCACGUCUUAUUUUGAUAUUGCGUGCACUUCACGUCAACAAUGAUCGAACCAAGGUCAUCCUGAAGCCAGACAAGACCACAAUCACUGAACCACAUCACAUCUGGCCAACGUUAAGUGAUGAGGAAUGGAUCAAAGUAGAAGUCCAGCUGAAAGACCUCAUUCUUGCAGACUAUGGAAAGAAAAAUAAUGUGAAUGUUGCCUCCCUGACACAAUCUGAGAUCCGUGAUAUCAUCCUUGGCAUGGAGAUCUCCGCUCCCUCCCAGCAACGUCAACAGAUUGCAGAGAUUGAGAAGCAGACCAAGGAGCAGUCCCAAUUGACUGCUACUACCACAAAGACAGUAAACAAACACGGUGAUGAGAUAAUUACAUCAACAACAAGUAAUUAUGAGACCGCAACCUUCUCCUCUAAAACUGAGUGGCGUGUGCGUGCUAUUUCUGCUACCAACUUGCACUUGAGAACCAACCACAUUUACGUGUCUUCUGACGACAUCAAAGAGACUGGAUACACAUACAUCUUGCCAAAGAACGUGCUCAAGAAAUUUAUCGUCAUUUCAGAUUUACGUGCACAGAUUUCUGGUUACCUGUAUGGCGUAAGCCCACCUGACAACCCACAGGUGAAGGAGAUCCGCUGCAUCGUGAUGGUGCCACAGUGGGGAACCCACCAGACAGUGCAUUUACCAAACCAGCUGCCAUCUCACGAGUAUCUAAUGGAAAUGGAACCUUUGGGUUGGAUUCACACGCAGCCGAAUGAAAUGCCUCAGCUGUCCCCGCAGGAUGUCACCACACAAGCCAAGAUAAUGGCCGACAAUCCCUCAUGGGAUGGAGAGAAGACAAUUGUCAUCACUUGCAGUUUCACUCCAGGCUCCUGUUCCCUCACUGCCUACAAACUGACUCCAAGUGGGUUUGAAUGGGGACGUCAAAACACUGACAAAGGUAACAACCCCAAGGGCUACCUGCCUUCACAUUACGAGAAAGUACAGAUGCUUCUGUCGGAUCGCUUCCUCGGUUUCUUCAUGGUACCAGCUACAGGUUCUUGGAACUACAAUUUUAUGGGUGUUCGUCAUGAUGCUGGUAUGAGGUACGACCUGCAGCUGGCCAAUCCAAAAGAGUUCUACCAUGAGGUUCAUCGACCUUCCCACUUCCUCAACUUCAGCACAUUGGAGGACAGUGACAUGACUAGCAGUGACCGAGAAGAUCUUUACAAAUAGGUCCACGACUGUCACCUGGAACAAAAUAGAGAAUGUUACCUUAUUUUUACAUUUUGAUAACACAUAUAGUACUACUGUAUCUACAAUAUUGUUGUAAAGAUGUGUUAAAAUUGUGUGGACGCAGCAGUGUGAUCGAAGCAAUGUGGACUCAGCAGUGUGAACACAGCAAUAUGAAAGUGUAUUUACUCUUGGUAAUGCGAAAUAGAUUUAAAUGUUUAAAUUAAUGUGAAUAAGUGAUUUUGCAAGGAUUUAUUUAAUAUUAAGAACAUUUGCAAAGGCAGAAACUGUGAAAUAAUAUGAAGCUUGAGGUUAUAAAAUAUUGUGAAUCAGAAAUGGUUUUUAAAGACGGACAAUUUCUGUUUUCUGAAAGUAAUUGUUGUAAAACAGAAUGGUGGUGUGAAUGGCACCUUAUGUAAACUAGGUAAAAAUAAGUGUUGUUAAGGAAUGAUUGUUAUCCAUGAAGUGCUGUCCACACUGUCAAAUUUUAUUGUGACAUACCUAAAUAUGGUCAUGAUGACAUCACCUCAUAACCAUAAUUUUAUAGGCAUAUCAUGACUUUAUAUGGGCAAACAAAUUGAUAAUCAUUUAUAAUUUUGGCAGAACUUAAGAUUGGGGAAAAAUAUUAAUCUUGCUACUUGUAGACCAAUGAAGAUAAUUUUGGGCAAAAGAAUUAAGAAUGUUGCUAAAUAAAUUGAUUGUAGCAUAGGGCCUUAAAAAGGACUAUGUAAGUAUGCCUUCUAUUUCAUAAUAAUGUAAAUAUUCACUUUUAUUGAUAAUUCUUAAAAAUUGUUAUGUAGAUCGUCACCUGAAAUAGCUUUGGACAUUUCUUUUCUCCUGGAUUUGCAUUUGCUUAUUAUGAAUAUUAUGAAUCAUAAUUGCAUAUAGUACAAAACUGUUGAAUUUCAACAUUUAGUUUCGUUUUUUUAUUCUUAUGAAUAUCUUGUGUUGUAAAACACUUUUCUUUUUGAAUGUUUAAUGGAAACACAUUUGACUCCAGUUGAUAAUAAAUCAUAGAAAACACUAGCUCUGUCUAGAUUAUCAAUUUUUUUUUUGACAAACAACUGUUGUCUGCCCGUAUAUAGUCAUGAUGUGCCUAUAUAUGGUCAUGAUGUGAUGUCAUCAUGACCAUAUUUAGGCAUAUCACAUGUUUUUGUCAAAUAAAAUUUGAUAGUCUGCACAGGGCUUUACAGUCACAAGUGCUCCUAAAGUGUCAGAUAUAAAUUAAUGUUAUUUUGAUUACAUUAUUUCUGUUUUUAAACCAGUCAUUUAGUCAUUCUUUGUAUAUUUCCUUGAAGCAUUAAAAAUAAGCUCACUUUUAUAUCAUG